AAAACAAGUUAUCUGUGGAUCUGAAAAUGCCAGGAAGUGCGUUUUCCGCUUGAAAUUUUCGGUGUUGAAAAAUGAAAAUUGUUUUUCCGAGUGUUUUGUAUUAUAAAUAAAACAUUUUCGUUUGAUUAUCGGUACAAUCUGAGUGCAAUGAGCAGUGAGAUAAAUUAAUCGGUCUAAUCCACCCAUGUCCUACCAACAUCCUAAAACCAUGUUGCACAUAAUGAACAUGAGCCCUCCAACAAGGGAAACAUUCUAUCGAAUCAAACCAGUAUGCGAGCUGGUGAUGCAGGACCCGUCUCCAGAGCACCUGGCGACUUUCGGUAACGUAGUGGACGAGCUCAAGAUAGAUACGGUGCAAGAAUUGCAGCAAUAUUUGCUUUUCCCAUUCACAAAUCACUUGCAAUAUCAGGGUUCUAAAAAGACAUUUGAACUCCACCUGCGCAUGUUGGAGGCAAUGAAGGAAGUGCUGCUCAGGGUGAAGGUCUGCCACUUCAGGGUGUGCGAGAGGUUGCUAGACUUGCUCCUCAAAAUGAUAUUCGACAAAAAUCGGCCAGGAAUGAUUGCUGACGUACCAGAGGAGCUAAAACUUUGUGUGAUACAAUGUUUAUCAACACUCAUGCUCAAUGUGGACCACGAGACGAGGCUCAAAAUGUUGCAGGCCAAUGUCCCUUUGCUGGCACAAGCUAUAUUUGUUUCAGUACAUUUGGCCAAGUUAGAGAAGCUUAGAGCUUUAAGAUUAGCAGCACUGAACUGCCUAGCGGUGCUCACAGUGACACACCCCGAGCUAACAGAUGGUGUUGGUCACAUAACUGACCCUGCACUAGAGGAGGUGGUGGUGAGCAUGAUGGCCUGCAUUCUGCCGGGGGUGCUUGCUGCUCUGCAGGACGUGGCCAUGUGUACUGACAACCCAGGGCAUGCUGUUGUUGCGGCAGCCCUGAGCGCCACGCACCGCGUGAUGUGCACCAUCAUGAACAACAGGCAAGUGCAACAACAAGACGGAGUCAAAGUCACGGACUUCCUCAAACUGUUGACGCAGAAGAGCAAAGAGCUGAAAGAUGUAAGCACGACGGAAAACAAUCCCGAUACAAAGCUAUACACUUUGAUGAUCAACAAGGACUAUAUUGGCAUGGCCGACUAUUUACUCUCUAAGCGAAAGCACACAAUGUUCCUCAGUAUGCUCAAACCGUCCAAAUUAAGGAUUGCUAACAAAAAGAGCGAUAGAGGAAGUCGUUGGUCGUCCAAAGUACCCUCCUCAUAUAGGGAGGAUUACUACUCUAUCGUGACAGUGUCAUCUAAAGACAGACCGAAACGUGACACAAAAGACAUACCGAAACGUUCACCGGAAUGGUACGCGAUGGCGAGCGAGAAACUGGCAUUUGUUGUGAAGAACUUGAUACCGCUGGUCACUCACGAACACUACAAAGUGCGCAAGGAACUCGCCGUCCUCUGCUACAGGAUACUCUCUGAGUGCAGCUCAACGAUGCAGCCAUCACUAGCGAUGACACUGGACGUGAUGAUCACGCUGUCCACCGACCCGUACCAAGAAGUGUCGGAGUACUGCACUAGCGCAGUCCACGCGCACUUCGCGAGCGCUAGCAAAGAGAGGCUGGCGGAGGCCAUCGACAGCUUGUGCGAGAACUUCUUCACCACGCUCAAUUGCUUGCCGAGGAUAUUGAUUAAUAUUGAUUCAAGUCGCAAGCUAUCAGUCUUGAGCCUGCUGUAUGGAUACCUCAAGAUACUGUGCGACGAGGGCCGCCCGCAGCGGCUCUCGGGCGCGCUGAGCACCAGCGACGGCUUCGACCGGCUGUGCGACGCGCUGCUCACCGCCGCCGACUUGCAGACCGACCUAGCGCUGCUCACCCGCCACGCCGGACGAGAUGUGAAAUCACCGCCAUCUACCGACACCCCGUGGUGCCGGCUCCGGUACCUGGACAACAAGGAGUCGGAGAAGAGGCUGCAAGACGUCUGCCAGAUGCUCGGCGGCGCGGAGUGUGCCGAGCUGUUCCUGGACCGGCUACUGGAGCUGUUCCACGAGAAGCGCAGCUCCGAGCUGGUGUACAUCAUCAACUGGGUUGGCUCAGCGCCGAAUUCAACACCAAAUCUGGCGAAGAGGAUAAUAAAUAAAUAUAUAGAGGAGGACAUCUGGUAUCUUCCCCUGGAGGUGACCAGCGGGGAGGCGCCUCUCACCAAAGAAGAGACCCGGGACCCCAGCAUAUACAACCCUCGAGCCUGGGCCAAGGACAGUGUGCCAGGUCUGUACGAAGGCACAACAGAAGUCCGCUACACGGACGUGAGCUACAUGCGGCCGCGCGAGCGGUACGUGGAGCCGAACACGUGCGGCAGCAUCGCCGAAGCGCAGGCCAACAUGGCCUUCAGCUGCCUCGUCACAGAGGGGCUCGGCAUGAUGGCGCGCCGCCUCGGGGCGGACUACCAGCCCUUCAUGCUGAAGACCUUGUGCCUCAUACUGGAGAGAGUCGGCAGUAAGUACGAGAACCUGCACCUGACGGGGCUGAAGGCGCUGCACGACGUGGCGGCCGCCUUCCAGCGUGACAGUGUCACCGACCUCUUGGCCGAGAACGCCGACUACUUCACCAAUCAGAUCACACAGAGGCUGAAAAAGGCGUGGAGGACGCAGUCGGCGCUGCAGGUACUGUCCGUGGUGAUGGAGUACAGCGACUCCAGCAUACUGGACUACUUGUACGGGAUCGUCGAAGACGUGCUAAUACAAAGCUGCGACAAGUACUACCAGAGGCAUCUGUACGCUUACCUGCAAGUGUUCCUCACUUUCGUCACUUGCAUACGGAAGUGGUUCCUGGUGGAGCCCAAGCCCAAACCCAAAAAGGAGCUGCAAACUCAAGAAAUUGACAUCAUGAAGGAUGUCAUUGAGUUUGAGAAGAAUAAGAAGGAGUCUGCAAGGUUAUUAUCUGAGGAGAAGGAGAGCAACAUGACAGUAGAAGAGAUGUAUAAAGAGGAUAUGAAGCGGAAAGAAGAAGAAAUGUUAAAUGACGACGACACAGCCGUUUCUGAGGAAUCUCCACCACUUCCUCAUCACAUCAGAGUAACAGUGACAAUACUCAAGCGGUGCGUCAACUUCAUCGCGCUGGGCCGCGACGAGAGUCUCGUAGCUCUUCAGAUCCUGGCGCUGGGGCUGCCCCUACUGAAGGAGUACGAGGACGAGCUGCUGCCGCUGGUGCACUUGUGCUGGGCGCCGCUGGUGGCCAAGUUCUCGGCCCCUGAGGUGUUGGUGCUGAAGAGCGCCUUCGAACUGUUCGUCGUCCUGGCUACGCUGGCUAAAGACUUCUUGAGGAGUCGGGCUGUUAAAGACGUCCUCCAGCCUAUGUACAAGUUCCUGUGGUCCAUGGCGGCCGAGAGCCAGCUGAAGGACAACGGGUCGGCCUACCGCCUGUCGCACAUGUACAGCCUGCAGGUGUCGGUGCUGGGCGCCCUGCCCGCGCUGGUGGUGGACCUCGGCCUGCAGGACGAGCAGCUGACGGAGGCCAUGCGCGCUGCGCAGGACUACCUCUCCGCCAAGCAGCCCAAGCCGCUGCAGAUGCUGGCAGUGAAGUUCUUCCAAGGCGUGAUGUCGUACAACUACGGCGCGGCGUGGUACCACCUGCGCGCGCUGUGCGACAACGGCGUGCGCCACCACAGCCAGUACGCCAACAUCGCGCCGCUCGUGACCAUCGUGGGCACGCCCUACGAGUCGCCCGACCCCGACUACGACCCCAACGUCAAGCUCAUCUUCUAUGUGCACAAGUGAUAAACGGCCACGACGAUCGACGUCGGACUGUUUUAAGUGUAAACGGAAUAUGACGAUGACGUCCAACAGUGUAAACGGAAUAUGACGAUGACGUCAAACUGUUUUAAGUGUAGUGUGUAAACAGUUUAGGGCGAUGAUGUCAAACUGUUUUAAGUGUUGUGUGUAAACGGAAUAUGACGAUUAUGUCAAAGUAUUUAAGUGUAAUGUAGAUGUCAAAGUGUUUUAAGUGUAGUGUGUAAACGGACUACGACGCUGACGUCAUCUGUCUUAACUGUUAUAUGUAAAGUAAAAGGACUACGACAGAAAUGUCAAACUUUUUAAACGUAGUGUGUAAAAAGACUAUGACACUGACAUCAGUCUUUUAAGUGUAGUGUGUAAAAGGAAUAUGACGCUGACGUCAAACUGUUUUAUGUGUAAUAUGUAAAGUAUACGGACUACGACAGAAAUGUCAAACUUUUAAAGUAUAGUGUGUAAGCGGUCUACAAUGCUGACGUCAACUGUUUUAAAGCGCCCAAACAACUAAAUUGCGUACUUUUACAAUUUAGUUGGACAACUUUUAACAAUGCAUCAAAAGGGAAUCGGGAUUCUGAUACGAUCAGUGUCCAAUUUGUUAUUUGGACAAUUUGGUUGAGAAGAUGUUUCGGGGUCUCGUAAUGUCACUAUACUUAUUAGUUUAUUCUGGGAUUUAGUCAGCCAAAUUGUCUGUCUGCGAGCACUCUAAUGUGUACUGUGUAAACGGAUUAUGACUCCGACAUCAAACUCCAUACAUGUGUAUGUAUGUACAAGCUAUGCACUGACGACAAACUGUUUAUUGUGCAGUUUGUAAACACACUCUGAAGACAAAUUGUUUAUUGAAAUGUUUUUUUUUUUUGCCAAUCUCAUUUUUGAGAUUAACCAUGUACGCAGGAGAUAUUAUAGUGCGCAAGCACAGGUGCACUCUUUAUUCCCUCACUCUUAUAGUCUUAUGGGAUGACAGAAUGACACAACCUGUGAAAAAUCAAGACGUAGAAAGAAAAUUUUCUUAAUUCUCCGCGUGUGUGAAGUCUGCCAAUCCUCAUUGGGCCAGCAUGGUGGACUAUUGGCCUAACCUCGACAAGGACACUCGAGCUCAGCAGUGAGCCAAAUAUGGGUUGAUAAGGAAUUAAUGUAAAUGGACAUUGAUGUCAAAUUAUUUUAAGUAAUGUGUAAAUUAAACAGAGUACGACAGCAACUUCUAGCUGUUUUAUGUGUAAUGUGUAAAAUAAACGUACUACUAUAUCAAUGUCAGUGAUUAUAAGUGUUCAUAUGAAGUCAAAGAGACUACAAUACGAUAUAUGAUACAUUUAUUAUUAUAUAUCGUGCCUAAGAGGUAGUCUGUUUGUCUGUUGUAGUGGUAAAACUGAAGGAACAUUUUUUUUAACUAAAUCAAUGUUCAGUAUACAGGGUACUCGGUAGUAUUUCCCAUAACUCUAGGAUUCUAAUCUUCAAGGAAAAUUAAUUAAAAAUGUCUAAGGAACAUGUGUUCUAAAAUGAACAUUUUCAGAGUAAAAAAGAUUUAUUUUGUAAAUUGUGUCUAUUAUAUCGAUUCCUUAUACUACCUAGCCAAACUUAUUCAAUGAUAAAUAUCAUGAAGUAGCUUACUAGUAAAGUGCAGAGUAUCUCGUCCAUAUCGACAGUCUACUACGAUUACGUAUUUUAAAAUGCAACGAUAGAUAAAGGCGUGUUUUAAAUGGAUAGUCAAAACUAUUUGAAUUACUUUGUAUGAAAAUGUAAGUUUUUUUUAGAAAAAAAAAGAAAAAGUUAUAUGGUUCGGCUCCUAUAAGUGGACUUGUCAUCAUCUCGAAGUUAUGGGAAAUACUCCUGAGCACCCUGUAUACACACACACAACCUUUAUUUUAUUUUAUUUUUUAUUUAUUUAUACUUUAUUGCACAAAAGAAAAACAAUAAAGAAAAUAGUAGAUAUUGCUUAUAACAACAUCUAUAUACUACAUCGAAAGUCAAACAGACUUCCUGGAAUAGAUUGAAAAUAUAUGUAGUGUUUUGAAUUAUCUUGUCGGUUGGUACUAAUAGUUUUAAGUGUAGUUUAUUUCAAUGUUUUAUUGUGUACUAACGGACGACCGCGGCUUCGUCCGCGUGGAAUUCAAUUUUUCACGAAUUCCACAAGAACCAUGGAUUUUUUCAGGAUGGAAAAGUAAUUAUUGUUAAUUCAGAGUAAAAUUUAUUUACAUUCCAAAUCUCAGCGAAAUCGCUUCAGUAGCCGCAGCGUAAAGGAGGUACAAACAUACUUAGACACAAAUCUAUACUAAUAUUAUAACGCUGAAGAGUUUGAUUGGACGCACUAAUCUCAGGAACACCUGGUCCAAUUUGAAAAAUUCUUUCAGUGUUAGAUAGCCCAUUUAUCGAGGAAGGCUAUAAGCUAUAUUAACUAUCCCUAUAUCCCUAGGGGAACGAGAACCACGCGGGUGAAACCGCGCGGCGUCAGCUAGUACAAAAUAAUAUUAGUGUAAUUUAGAAUAAUGUUUUUAACAAGAUACGUGUUGUACGCAACACAAUCCUUCUGACAUUGACAAUCAACAAUUUAGUUGCUUUUCAAAAGCUAUUUUUACAAACAUGAAUAUAGUAGAAUAUCCAAUGUAAAAUUUUAUUUUUUAAAAUUCUCAAUAUUAAUUUAGAAGUAUAUUUUCUUUUGCAAUUACUUUGCAAGGAGUUCUUCAAAAGGUCUUUAUGAAAGCUGAAUGAGUGCAAUGAAAUCGCUGAUGCAAUCAUGAAUUAGUGCUAUUUUAUAUUAGACAAAUUAAAAAUAUAUUGCUCUCAUUAUAAAGCUAUGUUCACACGGCACUGCAUGUGUAGAUGUUUCCAUGUACAACAUACGUGUAAAAUCCGAAUUAAUAACGACCUUCACCCAUCUGUUUACUGGAUUUAAAGUAUUUUAUAUCAAAUUAAAUAUGUGAAUAUUGUCAAUGGUUGGCCUACUAAUAGCAUCUACUAUAAGACAUACAAAACAGUUCAGGACAAUGCUGUGUGAAACUAACCUAAGAGGGGCUACAGAACUUCAGUUUUAACUGUACAGUUUUAUCUAAUCGAAAUUUCAAUCAAAAUCAUUAGUUAAAACUGAUGGGCACAUAAACUGCAUGUAUGUAGCACGGGUAACUCCUACAGCUAAGAGACGAUCGAAGAUUUUAAAAAAUUCAUUGUGUAAAUAAAAUAAAUGUUGCCAUUUAUUAAUGUUAAUGUGAAUAUUUAAACUGAAUAAAGAUUGAGAUCUAUGUCUA